GGUUAAAAUGGCGGCGGCCGCCGGCGCCGCUGCUUAGGGCGCCCGAGAGAUUCUCUCGGCUGGACGGCGGACCAGGAGCUUAUCGAGAAGGCGGUCGGGCGGCCGAGAUGGCGAUGAUGGGAGGCGGUUCCUUGAGCAUCGUGGAGUACCUGGGGGGAGACGGCGGCUACCGCUGCGGUUACUGCAAGAACGACAGCGGCAACUUCUCCCACGGCAUGUGGGCUCACUCACUGACUGUUCAAGACUACCAGGAUCUUAUAGAUCGAGGGUGGCGAAGAAGUGGAAAAUAUGUUUAUAAGCCUACUAUGAAUCAGACAUGCUGUCCUCAAUAUACAGUAAGGUGCCAAGCAUUACAUUUCCAACCUUCCAAAUCACAUAAAAAAGUUUUGAAGAAGAUGUUAAAAUUUUUAAUAAAAGGAGAACAUUCAAAAGCAGAUAUUGAAGUAGAUCCCGUGGAGUCGCACAUCAAAGAGGCUGAUGGCUGUAGUUUUUCCUUUAAAAAUCUACCUAUCAGAAGCCAAUCUGAAUUGCUGCCCCUCGGUACUGAUCCCACAGAAGAGGAAGAAAUGAGAGAUGAAAUGAAUGUAAAGGAAGUAGAUUCCAAAAAUUCUGAAUUGUGUAAUGAAAAAUUGAAUAUUGGUUCCAGCAAACCAUUACAGAUAGGACAUGUUACUCCUAAGCCAGGCAGAGGACCUGACUUGAAUAAACCACCCUGUCGUAAAGCAAAGGUCAUCCGGAAGGAACAAAAGUUGCAGAAAAAACUUCAGGGCCAGACAAAGCCAAUUUCACUUGAAUCAGAGUCUCGCAGUUUGACCAGUCAGAACUGUUGUCCUAAAACAAACCAACCCAAAUCAAUUGAAGACUUCAUUUUUGCCACCUUACCUCCUGAAGCUCUGCAUCAGAUAGAGGUGAGGCUGGUGCGAUCAUCUCCACAAAGUUCCCAGUUCAAAGCCACAUUUCAGGAGUCUUACCAGGUUUAUAAGCGUUACCAGAUGAUUAUUCACAAGGACCCUCCUGGUAAACCAACCGCCAGCCAGGUGAGGUUAGUACCACUUUCUUUUGAAGAUCCAGUGUUCAGUUCAUCUUUUACUCAGUCUGCCAGUUUAUUUGCCAAGUAUCAGAUGACCAUACACAAGGACACCCCUCUUGAAUGUGACGAGGACCAGUUCACGCGAUUUCUCUGUGAUUCACCACUUGAGGCAGAACAUUUACCAAAUGGUCCAGAUUGUGGCUAUGGUUCUUUCCACCAGCAAUAUUGGCUUGAGGGAAAACUAAUUGCUGUUGGUGUAAUUGACAUCCUUCCGAAGUGUGUAUCCUCUGUGUAUCUCUACUAUGAUCCAGAUUUUUCUUCUCUGUCUUUGGGUGUCUACUCUGCUUUAAGGGAAAUUGCUUUCACCAGGCAACUUCAUGAAAAGGCCUCUGAUCUAUGUUAUUAUUACAUGGGGUUUUAUAUUUAUUCAUGUCCUAAAAUGCGAUACAAGGGACAAUAUAGACCUUCUGAUUUACUAUGUCCAGAGACGUAUACUUGGAUACCCCUUGAGCAGUGUCUGCCUUCUCUUGAGCAUUCAAAAUAUUCUCGCCUCAAUCAAGACUUGAAAAUAGUUGAUGAAGGGAUGGUAAAGGAACUUGAUCAAGUUCAGGUUCUCCAUAAGAGAUCAGUUAUGCCUUACAGGAUGUAUAGAAGGAAUCGAAAAGGACCAAGCGAUGAAGAAACUGUACAGCAAUAUGCAGCUCUCGUGGGACAGGCGUGUUCAGAGAGGAUGUUGCUAUUUCGGAGCUGAAUAUUCAUUCUGUAUAUGUUCCAGAAUGAUGUUUUAUCAUACAUAUUACAUAUCUCUGCUUUUUUCUGUUGUUAUGCCUAUUGAAUAAGCACUGUGUACCUUUUUUCUGCCUGGGAAUGAACAUGUUGACAAACUUUAGCAUAAAACAUUGAUUUUGAGUCUUUAUAUUAAGGGCUUGUCAGAAUAUUACAAUGACCAAGUUCAUUAGUUUAAAGACCUCCUUACAUUUUCAAAUAAGUGAAUGGGAAGAAUAUAAAAUUGAGUGGAACAUUGGGGGGGGGGAAUCGCAUUUUGUAGGUAUUUGGUAAAGAUAAUAUUUAAAAUCAACUAGGUGAUGAACUAUAGGUUGUUGUGAAAUGUAUAAAUAUUUCAGAAAUUUUAUAUUUUCUUUGACUACUAUCAGAUAAUUAAAUAUUUUGUUCUAGUGUUAUUUCAGAAUUCAGUUAGCCAGAUACUUGUAAGUAAGCAAAAGUUUUGCACUAUGCUUCAGUGGGAAAACCCAACCUCUGUCUAGUGGAGUUGGUGACUAGGAUUGCUAUUAUAUCAUAUAAUAGAAAGCCAUCUAAUGUGUAUCUAUGCAUUACAUCUUUCAAAUUAUUCCCUUUUAGAUGUUUGCUUUAAAUAACAUAUAAUUGUAUUGAAAUAACCAGGAAGUUUGAUGAUUUAGGUGUUUGUUUGUUUUUUGUAAUUGACAUUUUGGGAAAGGUUGAAGGCAAAAUGUUUAUCAAAUUACCAAAGAAAUUAAUUUUAAAAUGUAGAUUAAAACAUCCCAUUUUUUUUAUAUUCUUAAUCGUUAUAUACAUUGUAGUAUUCAGAGAAUAUGCUUGCAAUACACCAUUAAAAAAAAUCCUUCAUUUCACACUGAGCAAUGUUUUAACUGAGUAUCAGAACUUUUGAUGUUAUCCAUUCUGUAUUUUAAGCUGUAUUUUAAGCUGUAAAAUACAAAGCUAUGAAAUUCAACAUUCUGCACUCAGCUGAUAUUUUUCACACAACUUUGAUCAAUCUUUUCUCAUUAUCUAAUUCAGCAGGACAGAAGAAGAUGAAAAUACAGUUAAUUGCCUAGAUUUUGCCUGUAAUUUGGGAUGUAAUACCCUGUUUCCCCAAAAAUAAGACCUCCCCGGAUAAUAACCCCAAUAGGCUUUUGAGCAUGUGCACUAAAAUAAGCUCUCCCCCAAAAAUAAGCCUUCCCCUAAAAUAUUUAAAUGCAUGCGCAGCCAGCCCCUACCAUUUCCUGGGGGAAACAUGCACCAUGCGCAGAAUGGCCUCACAGAAGCUACUCCCGCAAACCUUAGCUACCACACCCCUUCUCUUAGUGGCGGCUGAAAAUAGAGGGGCAGGCCCACUGAUGCUAGGGCUGGCAAGAGCCAGAAACAGAGGCAGAACUUCCAGCCCUCUAUUGAUCAGCUGCAGGCUGCGGUUAAGGGACCUUCUGCACCUCAAAAAUAAUAAGACCUCCCUGAAAAUAAGGCCAAGUGUUUAUUUCGGGGGUCAAAAGAAAAUAAGACCCUGUCUUAUUUUUGGGAAAACAUGGUAAUAGUAUGCACGGAAUCAGCCUCCUUUCAGAGACUCUUGCAAGCAUACAGUUGUGCAUGCUGUAUGUUCACAGAAAUGCAUACAUGUUUAGUUAAAUAUGCUGAUAUGUUGUCAGGUUGUAGUUUUGACAUUAUUAGCCAUUAUUAGAAAAAUCACACAUUUUCUUAAUUAAUUCUUAAUUUUAUUCCUGCAUCCACACAAGGUUUGGCAUGAUCAUUGAACCUAAUACCAGCCAGUAACAGUGUGAUCCAUGAACAUGGAUGCCCUAUAUGAUUAUUCUUGCCUUUGAAAGUAACAUUUCUUUUUUUCUCUACAUAGUUAUUUUUAUACGUGCAAAUUUUACCCAGAAUGAAUUGCUUGUCUCUUGUAAUUAUUUUGAACGCUUUUCAGCUGUGGCUAAAAUAAGAUAUAUGUUUUUUGAAGUUGGGUCAGACUUAGUCA